UGUUUCUUCUCGCAAGACACAGCUAAAAGUAACUCACGAAGUUGAAGUAGAAGUAGAAGAAGAAGAAGAAGAAGAAUUUGAAAAUGGCGGCAACGGCUGCACUUCAAAGCUCAAUGAUGUCUCUUUCUAUCUCCUCCAACUCCUUCUUUGGCCAACGCCUCUCCUUUCCCCCUCUCUCCCCUGUCACUGUCAAGCCAACGGACAAGCCAUGUCUCAUUGUAGCAAAGCUUAAGCACUGGGAGCGAAAAGAAUGUAAACCAAACAGUCUUCCGGUUUUACACAAAAUGCAUGUUAAGGUAGGAGAUAUGGUUAAAGUCAUAGCUGGAAAUGAUAAAGGUAAAAUUGGAGAGAUUACCAAGGUGUUUAAGCAUAACAGCACAGUAAUAGUCAAAGAUAUGAACCUCAAGACAAAGCAUGUGAAGAAAGGAGAAGAGGACGAACAAGGGCAGAUUAUUAAGAUUGAAGCACCGAUUCACAGCUCGAAUGUGAUGCUGUAUUCAAAGGAACAAGAUGUAGCAAGCCGUGUGGGUCAUAAAGUCCUUGACGAUGGAACACGAGUUCGCUACCUUAUAAAAACUGGAGAGAUAAUUGACAGUGCAGAAAACUGGAAUAAACUGAAGGAAGCCAAAAGCAAAGAGAAAACUGAAGUAGCUGCUGCUUCAUGAGAGUCCCUGCACCUGACUUCCUCUGUAAUGUAGCUUCAGAAAAUCUAAACAUAUUUGUCAUUAGUCUGAUCAUUUCCGGUAUGGUUUCUGGGUUGAUUCUUAGUUGGCCAAGUGAUUUUUUGGUUCCUUCUUGUUCUGGUGGCAAAACAAAACAUGAUUUUGCAGCCUAAGUUGUUUUGUAUUGCACUUUAAGAUUUCUUUCCCUGAAAUUGAAAGUCUGCAGACUGUUAGAUUU